AAACAGAAAAUACUGCUGAUAAUAAUAGUACAUCUAAUAUCAAUAAAAGUGAUUUAGAUCAAGAUGAAAAAUUGCAAAUCCAACCAGAAAUAGAAACAUCAAUCGAAGAAACUUCACAAAAUCAAACUGUUCAAGAAAGUGUUCGGCUAGCAACUGAUGAUGUAACCGAUACUAUAGCAGCUGCACGAUUAAAUCAAACUGCUGAAAUAGAACAUAUAUAUAUAAAAGAAAUAUAA